AUGGUCUCUAUGGAUUUCGGCACUGAGUUACCGGAGUCCGAUCGUGGAAAUAUGUACUUGUUGUUGUUCCAAGAUCAAUUCUCAGGAUAUGUCAUGUGUAAACCCAUGCGGAAUACCGAAGCCCAAUAUGUUGCUGAGGCGUACGAAGAAGACCUUCUGAAACGUAAACAGCGUGCGACGCUAGGAUACCGGCCUCAGGCCAACGAACAGCAAGAACGCUCAGUUCAAACGGUAAUGCGAAGUGUCAGAACGUAUGUCGCUGAAGUUGACCAGAGUGACUGGGACGAGCAUGCAGAACGUCUCAUGUUCGCUUUGAAUACCUCGUUCGACGCUGCAAGAUUAGACACUCUGUUUUAUCUGGUCCAUGGCUGGGACGCCCAGGGAACCAUAUCCGCAAUGCUGGGCCCGAAGCCAUCCACAGUCCAAGAACGAACGGCCUUGGAGUGGCGUCGGAAGAUGCAACGCGACAAUAGCUAUGCCCUUGCGUGCGCUGAAGACUUGCAAAAGAAGGCAAAGCGCGCGAGAUCCGCCGCUCAGACUCGUAAGUGGAGAGAACUCUCAGAUCGUGUAAAGGCAGGUUUUGAAACCGGUGACUCAGUGUGGUUGUAUAUUCCCCAAGUCCGCACAGGACUGAGCCGUAAGUUAGCCCACCUGUGGUACGGACCUUUCCGAAUCGAUGAAAUUCAUGACGAUUUCAAAGUCAAGCUUAAGAUCCCAGGCACAGGUUACCUUGGGAGCCAGACACUGCCCAGGGAUGAGUAUGAAGUCGAAGAGAUCCUGGAUAUCAGGUGGGUCAAACGUACAAGGACGUCCAAGCGUUCUCGAGAAUAUCUGACCAAGUGGAAAGAAUUCACAGACCCAGAGUGGAUACCUCUAGUCCAACUUAAUUGUGGGGCAUUGUUAUAUGAGUUCGACCAGGGUGCUAAGGCGAGAGCACGUUUCCAAGCUAUGACGAUCACCCUGGGAACUAGGUCCGAAGACAACGCCUAG